AUGUCGUCGGUCGACUCUUCGCAAGGACCACGAGUCCUUCUCACGGGUGUGUCGGGCUUCGUUGGCUCGCACGUCCUCGACCAGCUGCUCAAGUCGGACCGCAACUACCACGUCACCUGUGUGAUUCGAUCCAAGGUCAAGACCGAGCCCUGGCUCUCGAGCCAGUUUGCUGACGACUUUGGUCGUCGCAUCGAUGUGGUCGAAGUGUCGGAUCUGCUGGCACCAGGAGCUCUCGAUCAGGCUGUCGAGGGCAAGGACUAUGUCGUCCACGUCGCCUCGCCCUACGUGCUCAAGGCUCAGAACAACAAGAAGGACAUCAUCGAGCCUGCCACCAACAUGACGCGCAACGUGCUCGAGGCCGCGCUCAAGGCCGAAAAGGCCGCCAUCCAAGCCGGCCGCAAGCCGCAACUCAAGCGCAUCGUCGUCACCUCGUCCUUUGCCGCCAUCCUCAAUCCGCUCCGCGGCAUCGAGAAGCGCGACUACACCUACACGGACAAGGACUGGCAGCCCAUCACAUCCACCUUCCUCAGCUCCUUCUACACGCCCCUCGCCUAUCUCGUCUCCAAGACGCUCGCCGAAAAGUCGGUCUGGGCCUUCCUCGAGCAGCACAAGCCCAGCUUUGACGCUGCCACCGUCAAUCCUCCGCAGAUCUACGGUCCCAUCAUCCACCCGGUCGCCUCGGAGGAGGCCAUCAACACUUCGUCCGCCGAGCCGUGGAAGCUGUACAAAGCCGGCGGACCCAAUGGCGAUGGCAAAGUGCCCCUCGAGGCCUUCUGGUCGUUCUGCGAUGUGCGCGAUGUGGCUCGCAUCCAUGUAGCCGCGCUCGACAAUCCCAAGGCAUCCAACACGCGCUACCUCGCCUGCGGCGGAUCCGUAUCGUGGCAGGAGGUGGCCGACGAGAUUCACGACAACCCCGAAUACCCACAGGCCUUGAAGGACCACAUCCCCAAGGGCGAACAUGGCGCAAAGCACCGCCCCACUCCUCUAGCUACGCUCGACACCAGCCGCGCUCAGAAGGAUCUCGGCAUCCAGUUCCGUGACUGGAAGGAGAGUGUCAUCAAGGGCUCUCUCUACAGCUUUAUGGACAUCGAGAAGAGCUGGUCCAAAUGA